UUUGCAGGCGGGGGCCCGGAGCCAACAUGGCGGAAGAGGAGGUGGCCAAGCUGCAGAAGCACCUGGCCCUGCUGCGGCAGGAGUACGUCCGGCUGCAGAGCAAGCUGGCGGAGACGGAGAAGAGGUGCUCGCUGCUGGCCGCCCAGGCCGACGCCGGGAGCAGCGGUGACUCCUUCAUCGGCCGCCUGCUCGCCAUCGUGGCCGAGCUCUAUCAGCAGGAGCAGUACAGCGACCUGAAGAUCAAGGUCGGGGACCGGCACGUCCCCGCUCACAAGUUCGUCCUGGCGGCGCGCAGCGAGAACUGGAGCCUGGCCAGCCUGGCUGCCACAGAGGAGCUGGACCUGUCUGAUGCCAGCCCUGAGGUGAGCGUCGCUCUGCUGCGCUGGGUCUACACGGACGAGCUGGACCUGCGGGAAGAUGACGUCUACCUGACGGAGCUCAUGAGGCUGGCCAAUCGCUUCCAGCUGCAGCUGCUCCGUGAAAGGUGCGAGAAGGGGGUCAUGUCCCUGGUGAACGUGAGAAACUGCAUCCGUUUCUAUCAGACGGCCGAGGAGCUGAAUGCCAGCACGCUGGUCAACUACUGCGGCGAGAUCAUUGCCAGUCACUGGGAUGACCUGCGCAAGGAGGACUUCAGCAGCAUGAGCGCCCAGCUGCUCUACAAGAUGAUCAAGUGGAAGACCGACUUCCCUCUGCACAAAGCCAUCAGGGUGGAGAGGGAGGACGUGGUCUUCCUCUACCUCAUCGAGAUGGAUUCCCAGUUGCCCGGGAAGCUGAAUGAGCUGGAUCCCAAUGGAGACUUGGCGCUGGACCUGGCCCUGGCGCGGAGACUGGACAGCAUCGCAACCACCUUGGUCAACCACCGGGCAGACGUGGACAUGAUGGACAAGGGGGGCUGGAGUCUGUUACACAGAGCCAUCCAGAGAGGAGACAGGUUUGCCGCCGACUUCCUGAUCCGGCACGGGGCCCUGGUCAACGCUGCCACCAAGGCUGACCAGGAGACCCCCCUGCACCUGGUGGCCGCGUACAGCUCCAAGAAGCACCCGGCGGACGUCAUGGCGGAGAUGGCGCAGAUCGCCGAAUCCCUCCUAGCCACCGGCGCAAACCCCAACAUGCAGGACUGCAGGGGCAGGACCCCACUGCACUUGUCGAUUCUGGCUCAGAACGAACACGUGUUCCACCAGCUGCUUCAGUGCAAACAGCUGGACCUGGAGCUGAAGGACCACGAGGGCAGCACGGCCUUGUGGCUGGCCGUCCAGUACAUCAAGGUGUCUUCCGACCUGUCCGUCAAUCCCUUCGAGGACGCCCCCGUGGUGAACGGCACGUCCUUUGACGAGAACAGCUUCGCCGCCCGGCUCAUCCAGCGCGGGAGCAACACGGACGCCCCCGACGCCGGGACUGGGAACUGCUUGUUGCAGCGGGCCGCCGGGGCCCAGAAUGAAGCCGCCGCACUCUUCCUGGCCGCUAACGGGGCACAGGUCAACCACCGGAACAAGCGGGGAGAGACGUCUCUGCACACGGCCUGCCGGCACGGCCUGUCCAGCCUGACGGCCGAGCUCCUGCAGCAGGGCGCCAACCCGAAUGUUCAGACCACAGAGGCUCCGCCGCCCGUCGGCCCCGCCGGUCCCGCCGGCCCCGCCGACAGCGUCUUUCUGCAGACGCCCCUGCACGUGGCCAUCGCCCACAACCACCCCGACGUGGUUUCCGUCAUCCUGGAACAGAAAGCUAAUGCCCUGCACGCGACCAGCAACCUGCACAUCAUUCCGGACUUCAGCCUGAAGGACUCGAGGGACCAGACGGUGCUCGGGCUGGCUCUGUGGACAGGCAUGCACACGAUCGCAGCCCAGCUCCUGGGCUCGGGGGCGGCCAUCAACGACCCCAUGUCGGACGGGCAGACCCUGCUGCACAUGGCCAUCCGGCGGCAGGACAGCAAGAGCGCCCUUUUCCUGCUGGAGCACCAGGCGGACAUUAACGUCCGAACCCAGGACGGGGAGACCGCCCUCCAGCUGGCCAUCAAGAACCAGCUCCCUCUUGUGGUGGAUGCCAUCUGCACCCGUGGGGCAGAUAUGUCCGUGCCCGACGAACGGGGCAACCCCCCUCUGUGGCUGGCGCUGGAGAAUGACCUGGAAGACAUCGCGUCCACUCUGGUCCGCCACGGCUGCGAUGCCACGAGCUGGGGCCCGGGACCCGGCGGCUGCCUGCAGACCCUCCUGCACCGAGCCAUCGACGAGAACCGAGAGCAGACCGCCUGCUUCCUCAUCCGCAGCGGUUGCGACGUGAACAGCGCCAGGCAGCCGGGGGCCAACGGGGAAGGAGAGGAAGAGGCGCGGGACGGGCAGACGCCGCUGCACCUGGCGGCCUCCUGGGGGCUGGAAGAGACGGUCCAGUGCCUCCUGGAGUUCGGUGCCAAUGUCAACACACAGGACGCCGAGGGCCGAGCCCCUAUCCACGUGGCCAUCAGCACCCAGCACGGGGUCAUCAUCCAGCUGCUGGUCUCCCACCCAGACAUCCGCCUGACCGCCCGGGACCGCCAGGGACUCACGCCCUUCGCCUGCGCCAUGACGUACAAGAACAACAAGGCGGCCGAGUCCAUCCUCAAGCGGGAGCCGGGGGCGGCCGAGCAGGUGGACAACAAGGGGCGGAACUUCCUCCACGUGGCCGUGCAGAACUCGGACAUCGAGAGCGUGCUUUUCCUGAUCAGCGUCCAGGCCAACGUGAACUCCCGGGUCCAGGAUGCCUCCAAGCUGACCCCCCUCCACCUCGCCGUCCAGGCCGGGUCGGAGAUCAUCGUCCGCAACCUGCUCCUCGCCGGGGCCAAGGUGAACGAGCUGACCAAGCACCGGCAGACGGCCCUGCACCUGGCCGCCCAGCAGGACCUGCCCACCAUCUGCUCCGUCCUCCUGGAGAACGGGGUGGACUUUGCCGCCGUCGAUGAGAACGGCAACAACGCGCUUCACCUGUCCGUCAUGCACGGGCGGCUGAAUAACAUCCGGGCCCUGCUGACCGAGUGCACCGUGGACGCCGAGGCCUUCAACCUCCGCGGCCAGUCUCCGAUGCACAUCCUGGGCCAGUACGGCAAGGAGAACGCCGCGGCCAUCUUCGAGCUCUUCCUGGAGUGCAUGCCUGAGUAUCCCCUCGAUCGGCCGGACGCCGAAGGCAACACAGUGCUGCUCCUGGCCUACAUGAAGGGCAACGCCCACCUGUGCCGGGCCGUCGUCCGGGCCGGGGCCCGCCUCGGGGUCAACAACAGCCAGGGCGUCAACAUCUUCAACUUCCAGGUGGCCACCAAACAGCUCCUGUUCCGGCUGCUCGACAUGCUGUCCAAGGAACCGCCCUGGUGCGACGGCUCCAACUGCUACGAGUGCACGGCCAGGUUCGGCGUCACCACGCGCAAACACCACUGCCGGCACUGCGGCCGCCUCCUCUGCCACAAGUGCUCCACCAAGGAGAUCCCCAUUAUCAAGUUCGACCUGAACAAGCCCGUCCGCGUGUGCAACAUCUGCUUCGAUGUGUUGACUCUGGGGGGCGUCUCCUAGGGGGCCCGGCGGGGACGCGGGGCGGUCCUAGCCGCUCGCCGGCUCGCCGGCCCCACGCCGGGCGGGACCCCGAAGCCGUGUCCCCCGCCCCCGAUCCGUGAUCCCGUCCGACGGCGGUCGUCGCCGGGGCCGGAGGCCCCGGGGGCCGGAUGGGCGGGAGCCAAGAGCCGGGUGCGGUUGUGGCGGUCCCUCUGCCCGCGGGAACGGAACGAAACUCGGGAUGUCAUCCCUCCCUUCCCCUCUUCUCCCCGUCCCCCCACACCUCCCAACCCUCCCGCCCCAGCUGCCCAGCGCACACGGGUCCCGGGCCGGGGCGCCCGAGGACGGGCUUCGCCCCUCCCCGCCCCCACCGUCCACCCGCGCGGGGACCCUGGACGGGGCUGGGCCGCGGGGGUGACGUCCCUUCUUAUCCCAAAGGCCGGGCCGGGCCGGGGGGCGGGGGUAGGGUAGGCCCUGCCCCUUCCCUCGGGCGAGGCCGCUCAGAUUGAGUUGGGAGUGGGGCCCGCCGGGGCCUCGCUAGCGCAGCAGGAGGCUAGAGGGUCCGUGGGGUAGGGCCCACCCCCCCACCGCAGGGUGCCAGAGGGGCCCGGGGCGCCCGCGCGGCUCCUUCCCGCCCGGGUCCGGUCCGGCCGCGGUCCGGCCCGGGCACCCCCAGGGGCCACGCCGCCCGUUUCUGCGCCGGCAGAGGAAAAGGCACUUUAUCCGGCUGCGCUUUCUCACGGAGCUGCAGCAUCGAGGGGCCCGCCUGCUGACGUGGCACACGCGCACACGCGAUCCUCCCUCACCUCCCCCCUCCGUGCCACCACCCCUGCACGCACGUGCACCUCUCCACGCACAACCCGCUCACCCAGGCGCCCCCACACCCGCGUGUACACGCUCACGCCUCCCCCUCCGCGUGUGCCCGCGUGGAUGGUUCCACCUGGCAAGUUUUGCACCCGUGAAAACACACGCGUUCCCGCACCCAUCUCACACCGCUGACCCCCUCCCCCCCCAACCCCAGCAGUAGAUGCACAACUAACACAGUCGGGCGCGACCGGACACAGCGGGUGCCGUUUCCGGUCGGCCCCGCCUCGGAGGCCUCGGUCCAUCCGCCGCGGGGCCGGGCGGGCGGCCCCCGCGUCGGCCGAGGCUCCGGGAGCGGGCAGCGCACCGGACUGGGGCGGGGGCCUGGGGGCUGGCCGCGGCCUCCCCCUCCCACCCCCGUGACCGGUCCUCUGCCUUUCCACACCCCGUCGUCGCAACGCGAAGCGCUUCCCCCGCCCACCCGCCCCGGGCUCGGGAGCCGACGCGGCCCGCCACGGUCUCUCCGGCAGCCCCCAAGUGACCAGGUUUGCCCCCCUCGACCGCCUCCCCCGGGCAACCGCUGCACGCUGGCCGCGAGGGCCGUGACCCCGCCACCGUGCCCUUGUGCCCUCCCGGAGCAGGCCGAGCCCCCGGGUGCGCUGCCGGCCGGCGCCGCCGGCCCUUGCCCACGUCCGUCUCUGCGUCCGCGUCCGGCGGGCAGGCGCGCCGCUGGGAUUCGUAAGUUCCGUCCACUCCGGAGCCGCCGGGAGGGUUCGUUCACGAGACCGUGCCGUGUCGGUGCGUGCUUCCUGCCGUCCAACUCCCCUGCUGUCGCCGUUCGGGCACCCGGACCGGCCGCUUCCCUCGUGAGCGGGCUCGGAGGCUUGGGCACCGAAUUUUCCCGGCGGCGGGACCUGUGAUCUGAUCCCCCUCUCGCCCCCGCCCUCGCUGGACCAGGCUGGACACGUCGCCUCAGCAGGGGUUGGUUUGGCAAGGAGUGGUUCUGACUAGGGUGUCCUCUCCCACGCGCUUCCCUCUUCCCCGGGCCGGGCCAGGGUACGGGCCCGUGACUCAGUGAUCCGGUAAAACCUUGUGGUCUGGGUGUCCGCUCCCGGCCCCCACUACGGGGAGGCUCCCCCAGGCUCCACGUCCUGUGGGGGGACCGGUUCCCCUCCGCCCGCCCGCGGCGAGGGCGAGCGGUCGGCCUGCCCAGGCCGCCCCGGCGGGCCCGCGUCCCGACGUCUGCCCGCGGAGACCUCCCGCGAGCCUCUAGUUCCGCUAGCCCCCCUCUAAGCAAUGACGGCAGCCCUAACGUGACACUAAUAUGCAUUUCUUAAGCCAAAAAUAAAAUCGACUUUCUUUCAGAA